AGCGACGGCCUUUUCCCAGGGAGGACCCGGGCAACCGGGCUGCCCCGUGGCGCCUGCUGCGCCGCGUGGCUCUCUGGAAGCGGGAGCCACGGUCAGACUAGGGUUUGUGGCACAACGUGGCUGCUGCAGAGCUCGCGGGCCGGGGGGCCACGGCCGGAGUGCGGCGGACGCGGGCGGCUCGACGGAUUAGUAUCUAAUGUUUGUGUAAGACAGAAGAAAAGGAUGUCAUUCCGUAAAGUAAACAUCAUCAUCUGGGUCCUGGCUGUUGUUCUCUUCUUACUGGUUUUGCACCAUAACUUCCUCAGCUUGAGUAGUCUGCUAAGAAAUGAAGUUUCAGAUUCGGGAAUUCUGGGGCUUCAGCCCGUAGACCUCGUCGCGGAUGUUCGUCAACAUCCAGUACAUGGGAGACAAGAGGAGAUUCCUGUGGUCAUUGCUGCCUCUGAAGACAGGCUGGGUGGGACCAUUGCAGCUGUAAAUAGCAUUCAUCAUAACACUCGCUCGAAUGUGAUUUUUUACAUUGUUACACUCAACAGUACAGCAGACCAUCUCCGGUCCUGGCUUAACAGUGUUUCCCUGAAAAGCAUCAGGUACAAAAUUGUAAAUUUUGACACUAAACUUUUGGAAGGGAAAGUAAAGGAGGAUCCUGACCAGGGGGAGUCCAUGAAACCAUUAACCUUUGCAAGGUUCUACUUGCCAGUUCUGGUUCCCAGUGCAAAGAAGGCCAUAUACAUGGAUGAUGACGUAAUUGUACAAGGUGAUAUUCUUGCCUUGUACAAUACACCCCUGAAGCCAGGACAUGCCGCUGCAUUUUCAGAAGAUUGUGAUUCAACCUCUACGAAAGUGAUCAUCCGGGGGGCAGGGAACCAGUACAAUUAUAUUGGCUAUCUUGACUAUAAAAAGGAAAGAAUUCGCAAGCUUUCCAUGAAAGCCAGCACCUGCUCCUUUAAUCCUGGAGUUUUUGUUGCAAACUUGACUGAAUGGAAAAGACAGAAUGUAACUAACCAGCUAGAGAAAUGGAUGAAACUUAAUGUAGAAGAGGGACUGUACAGCAGAACACUGGCUGGCAGCAUCACCACACCUCCUCUGCUUAUCGUAUUUUAUCAACAGCAUUCCACCAUUGACCCCAUGUGGAAUGUCCGCCACCUUGGCUCUAGUGCUGGAAAACGCUAUUCACCCCAGUUUGUAAAGGCUGCCAAGUUACUUCACUGGAACGGUCACUUCAAGCCUUGGGGAAGAGCUGCUUCAUACGCUGAUGUUUGGGAAAAAUGGUAUAUUCCAGACCCAACAGGCAAAUUCAGUUUAAUCCGAAGACAUAUGGAUACCUCAAACAUAAAGUGAACUACAAUUGAAGCUAAAUGCAUCACUCAGGAAAUCCUGGAAGACACAACACGUGGGAAGUCAACAGUGUUAGGCUUGAGUCCCUCUGUAGCAACUCACAGAAAAGGGAUGUUUCAGCUGGUGGAGAUCACAAAUCGCUUCUGUGGCAGUCAGCUUCCCAGAUGACUACAAAUAUCUCCAUCUGCCUUACCAAAUGUUUGUUUACUAUAUUGCUGACUGACCUGAAGGACAGACUGAUAAAACCAGCACUUGUCUAUCUAACUGCUGUAGUUAGGAACUGCAGCUUGGUUUUAAUUUUGUAACCUGUGGUCCAGUUUGUAAAUAAAAUCUACAUUUUCCAAUAAA